CAUUCCUUUUUGGUUUCGUAUUGUGUGUUGUCGCCUGCGGUUCCGUCAUCCGUAUCUAUUCGCGAUCAAGGCGAUUCGCGUACGACUUACGAAUGUAGAUUUUAGAUUUAUUUAUUUUAAUAUCACGCUCUCGUUCCACUUUUCGUUAUUUUUUAGUUUUAUCGUUCUAUAAUGAGCUGUGUUAUUUGGAAUUUAUUUAUGUGAAACAAAGGCUGUGAGUGUCGAAACGAAAGCAAAUGAUUAUUAUGAUGUCACUGCUAUUAGAUCCUUGAAUAAUGAGUGUUAAUGUUAAAGACGUUUCAAGUCCUGUUUCUGAAGGGCAGAGUAGUGUUCUGGAAGUGGGUGAAAAAGAAAGUGAGGUGACUUCAAAGGAAAAUGUUGAGGAAGGUCAGUGUUCAGAGCCAUCAACACCUAAACCUCAUCCAAUGGCUUUCACAGUUGAUUUUGGUGAGGCGAAACGGUAUGAUAAUCGUAGACUCGAAGAGUUAGCGAAAAAAUCUCAAGCUCGGCAUCAGAGGGUCCAAUCUAUGUCUGCUAGUGCACCUAAGCCAAGUCCCAUAUCACAACGUAUGUCCAUGAGCGCUAAACUACCCCGUAAGGCACAAGGUUACAAUUCUGAAGGGUAUUUUUCGUCAGAUCAAGAAGAUGGUUUGUCUUCUUCUCUUAAGUUCCGAAGCAGUCCAUUAGCUCAAACUGACAAUUCUAUUCAAAGACAAGUUAAAUCACCUGUUGAGUUCCAGCCAAAACGUACGUCCAAAAGUCCAAUAGUUGAUAGUAUCAUGUCUAGAAGUGAAAACUUUAGUACUCGGCCCACACUUAACUUACCACUCAAAAUCAGUUCCUAUGGAGACGUCCAGAAAAGUCCCAGCUACUCUAAUUUGAAUUUUUUUAGGCAUCCUAUGACUGAUAUAUUAGAUCAGAGUCCGGAUGGAGUAAUGCUUGUUGAUAUUUCAAGUCCUGAAUUAGAUAUCUUAACUCCAGAUAAUGGUUUAUCAACACCAGAACUCUCAAGAAGUCCAGUGUCUCAUAAAUUUAGAGCGUCUUCUGAAACCCCUGAUCUGUUUAAAAAAUGUCCUCCUAAACCACAGGUAUUGUUCAUUGAUGAUGAGGAUGACAGGCAGUCUAAUAAUUCAUCUACUGGUACAUACACAAUAGAAGGUGAUAAUUAUACAGAGGAGCAAAAAGCAAGAAUGAGUAUAGAUAGAACUUUUGGAACAGACCUCUUCAAACAUACCAUAGAUGAAACUUUAAAACGAAAAAACUUAGAAAAUGAUCCAGAACUUAUAUUUGAUUUUUCCAAACCCAUCAUAACUGCGGAACCAAGACAUGAUUUAUGUCUUCAUAAUGCACUUCCUAUAACUAAGAAGGAACCACAUAGCAUGGUAUCAAAAGACAAAAAUGUCUUGGAGAUAUCUUGUUGCUAUGAAUCUCCAUCUGAAAGUGUUUUAGCUGCUCAAACAUCGAAACAAAUUAAGUCAACACGUAGUUAUUUAGAGAAAAUUAAAAACAGAGUAAGAACAAUAACAGAAAAGACAUUUUCAAAGUCUCCACCAAGAUAUGGAGAUGGUGAUUUUGGUAUGUUUACUUCUGUUACAACAUCUGGUGUCUUAAGUUCAAAAUAUCCUGUAAAUGUAGAAAUUCCUGUGAGAAGGCGUUGUAGUCUAACAAAAUCAGAAAUUGAUAAAACAGACUACAUUCAUAGGCUAUCAAGAGAAUCAUCUGUGCCUGUAUCCUUACCAAGCACAAAAAAUGUUCUAGAAGAUGCCAAAUUCGAAAGUACAGCAUUAAGAAAUGCUCAAAAAGCCAUGAGAGAAGAGAAUCCAGACCUUACACCAGAAGAAAUUGUUAAUAGAUUAUCAUAUUUAAGUCUAAAUAGGUGUAAAGGUGAUAAAACAUGGAUUCAGCAUUGGGCGGACAGUGUUCAAAACUACAAUACAAAUACAUUAGGGAAGGAGGCUGGGGAUUUGAACAGUACCUUUAUGUUAGAAGACCGGCCUCCAAUCAGUCCAAGACUGCAUCCUACUAAAUCCCGCAGCCCGCAUGGCGGCACUCCCACAAAGAUACCAAGCCCUGUCGGGACCCUACUACACCGCAGGACACCGGACCUUAUUCCACCUCAAGAUACGGAGUCCUACCUGCUGAAAACGCAGAAUGCAAUCACCAACCUUCAAGCAAAAUUGAAUUCGUCGCGCAAUACCAACAUUCCGUCUCAAUUGACAACUAGUCUCAUCAGUGAGAAGACCCUGGUCUCGAGACUUCCACUUGCACAGCUUAGCCGGUCUAACUCUCUUAACUAUAGACUGCGAAGAAAGGAUAACUCAGGUGACGGUAGCCCACUCCGAAGUCCUGGACAUUACGUCAUUACAGGCUCCUCAAAGGUAGACCACCGACGACUCAACAAUCCCUCCAGAUCCUUAGACACCGAACCAAGACGGGAUUCAAACAUGAACAGCCCCGAUUCCCACAGAGGCCUCCUCAGCAACAGCUCAGACGACAAAACUCUCUCGAACCGACCCACUAUGUCGUCAAAAGCACACACACGGCACAAAUCCUUCGACGGACGAACUGAUUACAAAGACAUAAACACGAACGUCUGCCUUAAAGCUGUGCUGAAAAACAACGCCCUGGAUACCAAUUUCAGAAUCGAUCAAACGCGCCAACCACCAAACGUGAUCAAACGCUCUAGUUCGUUCAACACUGUCAAGAAUAACAAUCUUAUUGAUACACGAAAAAUUUCGCGGCGUUUGAGCGGUCACUCGGACAUUUCGGAUGAUACAGAUAACGGCUCGUUCGAUAAGGAUCUGCGGAAGAGGGUGUUCUCGCCGGAGUUGACAACUGUUCCCUCGAAUUCGCCACGAUGCCCGAACACACCGGAAAUGCAGAGGAAGUUCGGACCGGGAUUGGUUAGGAAUACUCGGGUGACCAGUAAGGGACGUAUGUCAGAACCGCCGAUGGCGAGGAAACCGACCAAUCAUCAGAGCCGACAGGAUUCCAAAGUUAUGAAUAGGCAGACCAAGUCCAGGUCAUCAACAAGAGAACCACCAAAGUCUGAUAAAGCACAAAAGAAACCUAACCAGCACCGUUCAUCAUCAGCGUUAGCUACGAAAGAGAAAGAGUUCACCAACUGGAAAAAGAGAUCCUCAUACGAUCCGAUGAAGGCAGCGCAGGAAGGGAAGAAGAAACAGCAGAUGGCGAAAAGGCAAGAAUGUAACAAGGAUGACCUUAGUUCACCCAGCCACUCGUCACCCGUGCAUCGAUCCCAGUCAUUCCACACCACGAAUAUGGCUGAUCUCACCUUGGAUUACUCCUCCGAGGGCACAGAGGAUGACCAGCCGACGUUGCCAAUUGACCCUAUGAUUACAUCCACGCAUUCUGACAUCCUGGAUUUGAGGAGAAAAGGCUUGACCAAUGAUGUGAUUUUGGGCAGAAGUUAUGUCGCAAAUUUUAAGGUAACCCAACCUGAGAAACCAAAACGUCACGACAAACACAAAACGGGCAAAGAGGUUGACAAGCGCAGAACCUUCAUACUUGACAGUGACACGAACUCUACGACAAACGGCAGCAGUCCCAGAAAUAGUUCAAUAUUCAGUCAUGAGAAGAAUUCGUAUACGGACACUGAAGGAGAGAGCGGGACGGAGAGUGCGCCCGUCAUGAGACAGAACAUGACGCAAGUGCAGCCGAAACAAAGAUACAGUGGUGAUUACUCUAUGUCAUCAUCAACAACCUCAAUUGGACAUAAAAAGCCUAAAGAAAUCCAGCCCCGUUAUAUGGAUAUAUCUAAAUACAAAGCAGAGAAUUCUCCAAAGACCUUCUUACGACGGGAUCCGAGUAAGACUUAUGUUGGAGUGCUAAAUGAACGGCCAGUUAGUAAGGGAAGCGCUCAACAUUAUGAAAUGGAACAAAAGAAACAAGAAUUAGAGAAGUGGAAACGCAGGGCGUCAUACGAUCCGAGGAAAGCCGCGGCUCUCGGAAAGUCGAAAACACCGCCCAAGACUGCGAGCAACGUCCUACGUUCGCAGUCGUUCCAUGGGCCGGUUUUGUCGCCGAAUCUUCGUUACCAGCCUUCGCCGGCGCAAAUAAAUGAAUCCUACGAUGCUUCGAGCGAUAACGAUUUUUAGGCGAAACGCCAAUGUGAUAGUUGUUUUUAAUGUACCCAAUUUGCUUUAAUAUGUCUAGUAGUAAGUUCUGUCAGCCGUCAAAUGACUGUCAUGUGCGAUCCGCAUAUGUCCGCAUGACAGAUGACUGACCCAGCUGCCGCCAUUUUUGAAAAUAUUAAAAUUUUGCGAGAUUCCGUAAGCUUGCUUUAACGAUUGCCGUGUAGGGAAUUUUUGUUUUUCGCACAAAAUAUACAACAUACAUGCACGGAAUUUUUAUAUUAUUUUACAGUUUGUAUUUGAGUCCCGUUUAGAAUAUUUUAUAUCUUAUUAAAUCGGACGUAGGAUAAUAUUUAAGCUAAUUGUUUAAAGGGCCAAUAUAUGAAAUAAUAUGAUAUAUUUGCGUGCAAUCAAAUUAUAAAAAUUAAAAUCGAAUUAAAUGCUCGCGAGUGUAUUGCUCAUAUCAUAAACAUCGAGUUAAUGUGUUAGUUAUAAAUAGCAUAGAUUUUUAGUGCAAUAAUUUCACAUUACAUGAAUUUCUUUCAAAAUUGUGUCACUUAUGGCUUUAAUUUUUUUGUCUAUGGCUAAUAAAAAAAAUGAUGUGAUACGUUUCAAAAUGAAAUAUUUAAGUUUCUAAAUUAUAUAUGGCGUUAAAGAUGUUCAUUUCGAGUUUGAGGGUUGCCAAGUUGUAAACUAGUACAUAUUGUUCAAUGGAGCUUAAUUUGUUCUAUUUCUCUUAUUCUUACUUUCACUGUCUUUUCUUAUUUCAUGCUGUAAUCUACUGUUUUCUUAUCAUGUCCGGUUUCUAUAUUCAAUAAACGGAAAUCUAAAAAGUGACAUUUUUCUAUAUAAAACGCUUUCGAAUGUACUCUGUAGAAUAUCAACGAUAUGUAGUAAUUACGGCUGGCAAUUGGGAAACUGUGCGGUUAUUAUCGUGACUGUACAUAAACUGGCAACCUAUAAAAUUUAUGAACUGUCCUGUUGUAAAGCUUGUCAUAAUUAAAUGCAGUGAUUUAUUUUGGAAUUAUUUAUAUUUUUAUAUUGUAUUAAAAUACUCAUAUUAGCAUAUGAUUUCUAUGUAAAAUAGGUGAAUAAUUGGAAUGAGUUACUUUGAAUGAUUUCAAGUCUCCAAAUUUAUAAUCAAUAAUAUAUCUGACAAUUGACAAUUAAUAUGACACGGCUAUUACGUCAUUCUAAGCAGUGUCGUUCACGCCUUGAAAGUCACCAUUCAGUCGAGUUGGCGCGAACGUAAAGUGUAACGAUUCGUUAGCGUUUCAAUGGUAAUUACCUGUCAAUUCUAUCCCGAAGAUUUUUACAGAAUGAAUUUUACCAAUUUGCAAAUUUUUUAUAAGUAACUCAUUUCUUUGGCUUCAGUAUUUUGUACAAAUUAAUUUUUACGUUCUGUUAAUGAGAUUUUAUUUCCCAAUUUUUGUUUUUUUCUCAUCAAUAUAGUUACGCAAUUUUUAAUGUAAGGUCUAUAUUUAGAUGUCAGCAAACUGGUGGUAAGCUCCGCCCUUAUCUGAUUUCCAUGGUAUUCGCUCUAAGCGUAGUUUUUUUGUAAUUGAUGUUAAGCAUUUCAUAAUUGUUUUGAUGGGAAAUAAAAAAAAUGUAUUAAA